AGCCAUCUUCGUACGGACGUUUGUUUACAAGCGGGGUGAUUGAGCUAACAACGUCGUCAGCUAACAUAGCAUUUUAUUUUCACUUAAGAUAACCUUAUAGGUUGCCAACCAUGGGGAAGUCGUUUGCAAAUUUCAUGUGUAAGAAGGACUUCCACCCUGCGUCGAAGUCAAAUAUCAAAAAGGUAUGGAUAGCAGAGCAGAAACUGACAUACGACAAGAAAAAGCAAGAAGACCUAAUGCAGGCUUACGUGAAAGAACAGGACGUAUACAACAACAGAUUGUUGAUGGGUGAUGACCGUGUUAAAAAUGGCCUCAAUUUCAUGUACGAGGCUCCACCCGGAGCAUCCAAAGAGGAACAAAAAGAGGAGGGAGAAGAUGAGUGCAAAUUUGAGUGGCAGAAGCUUGCUCCUCGAGAAAAAUACGCAAAGGAUGACAUGAAUAUUAGAGAUCAGCCAUUUGGAAUCCAGGUGCGGAACGUGAGAUGCAUCAAAUGUCACAAAUGGGGCCAUGUGAACACAGACCGAGAGUGUCCUCUCUAUGGACUGUCAGGCAUCAAUGCCAGCUCCAUGGCUUCAGAGGAGGCAGCAGGUCCGUCGAUGCACCCCUCGGAGUUAAUGGCGGAGAUGCGAAACAGUGGGUUUGCCCUGAAAAAAUGUGUCCUUGAUCGGAAUGCUACUGUUUGUGAUCCAUCACAGGGAUUUGUUGCCAGCGAUGAAGAGGACGAUCCUGAGGUAGAAUUUCUGAAGUCAUUAACGACGAAAGAAAAACAGAAGCUCCUCAGAAAACUUGAUCACCUGGAAAAGUCUAAGAAAAAGAAGAGCAAAAAGCAGAAGAAGAAGAGCAAAAGAAAGCACAAGAAAAAGCAUGAAAGUAGCAGCAGCUCCAGUGACUCCUCCAGCAGCAGCGAUAGUGGCUCAGAUUCAGACAGUCGCGACAAGUUCAAGAGCCAAAAGCGAAAGAAGAACAAGAAGAAAGAUUCCUGUAGGGAUAAGAGCUCCAAGAGCGAGCAACAAGUCAAGAGUCAGAAAAGGGGCUCCUCUCACAUGAGCAGUUCAUCGAGCCCUCACACCAGACACAGGAGGCCUGAAGAGGAGCCCCAGAAUUAUAGAGAAACACGGACAGAGAGAGGAAGGAGCAGGAGUCGAAAUUACAGCCCGCAAAACAAUAUCAAGUUGGAGGGAGGUCAAGAGAAACAAAGACACACCAGCAGGGACAGACAGAGACCUGGCAGCUCCAGGCCAGGCAAGGACAGAAGUAGGAGCCGUGAGAGAGGCAGGGAGGACAGGGGUAGAGACAAGCAUCGCAGCGGUGAUGGUGAGAGGAACAGAAGUGGCACAGAUGGAUGGAGAGGCAGAACAGUAGAUGGGAGGAACAGAAGCAGGGAAAGGAGGACAGAAAGGAGUAGGAGUAGGGAGAGAAGAGAGAGGAGCUCAGACAGAACUAGAAGAAAGCACUGAGCUUUUUUUUAAGUUAUUGUAACACACAAACAAUACAUUACACAUGAAUAGAUUUUUUUUUCUGUUUUGAUUUUGUAUAUAGCCAUCUAUUAACAAAUUGUGUGAAUUAUCACACAUAGUCUGUUUUCAGACAGACAGUGAAGGUCUCCGUUUCUUCCAGUAGAGGGAAGCAGUAGACAGAAAAAAAACAUCUCUGUGUAGCUCAUUGCACUCUGGUGAUGUCUUGGACUGUGUGAAAGCGUCCAAGUGAAUUGAUUAGCAUUGGAAGCAAUUUGCAGCUAUGAUCUGCUGAUGGGAAAAUGUUGGACUCAUUUUCAUGGUCAGGUGACUUUUGGAAAAGACCUAAGGUGUUUGUCUGUAGCUUCCAUUUUUAUCCUUAUUUUAUAAUCGUGCAUUUUGAAGGGAAAAAUCGACACUGUUAGUUGGAAUGUUUGACGGCCAUUGACGCCUGUACAAAUGUGAUUUUUGUCCUCUGAUUAAAUGUUUAACCCUCA